UCGUUGUUUAUAUCUGGCCGAUGUGUUUAUGUAAUUUACCGACCGCCAGUGAUAACCUUAGGCGGCAACUGAGAGCUAAAUUUGACUAAAUCUUAUAACGCCGUUCUGUAUGGCGCUGAUCAUUUAUAAUUGUUAAUUAUAAUAACAGGGGAUGUCGACUUCUUGUCUAAAAUGUUUCUUAAACUCCUUUUGUCUAUGGCUCAUUUGGUUUCAAGUGCUUUGGAGAUUACCUAAUGUGGAAGGACAAAUUUGUAAUCCUGGAUCAUUUCAAUGUGUCAAAACUGGAGAAUGUAUACCAAAGGGAUGGGUGUGUGAUGGGGAUGCUGACUGUGCUACUCCACAGAUAAAUGAUACAUCCGAUGAAGAUAUUUCAAGGUGUAAUAAAGAUAAUGUUUGCCCAAAAAAUUACUUUCGAUGUAAGGAUGGUAUUUCGUGUCGAAGGAUCUCGAAGCUAUGUGAUGGGAAUCAUGAUUGUCCAGACUUUUCUGAUGAAGGACCAUUUUGCUUAAAUAAAACAAUAUGUGCAACACUCAACUGCACUUACGGCUGCAAACCUAGUCCAAAAGGGCCACUAUGUUUUUGCAGAGAAGGCAAGGAGCCUAAUGGAAAUGAAUGUAUUAAUGCCCCGAAUAACACUUGUGGGAAUGAUGAAUUAUGUGAUCAGAUAUGUAAUAUGAAGGAUACAUCCUAUGAAUGCUCCUGUGUUGAAGGUUACAAAGCCAAAGGUCAUAGGUGUAUUGGCAUCAAUGUCCCUUACAAAGCUCCACCAACACUGAUCUUCACGAAUUCGGCAAAUCUCCAGCAUAUUUAUAUGAAUGGUUCUCUUAUCAAUAGUAAGACUAUUGUGACAGUAAUUGAGAAAACUCCCAUGGAUUUUAUUCACAGGAAUGAAACUAUAUGUUGGUUUAUGAAAUUUAACCAUAAUUCUGGGAUUCGAUGCAGCAGUGCAUUUGAUUUUUCUCAUCACUGGGAUUAUAAAUUGCCAGAUUUAUUUUCGCAAUCAAAUGUUAAUCAAAUUGCAUAUGAAUGGAUAUCUGGGAACUGGUACUUCCUUGAUGACGAACGAGAGAUGUUGUUUGUGUGCAAUAAAACUUUAGAGGUUUGCAUUUCUUUAAUUGAUGUUUCCCUCAGCAAACCGAAACAUAUUGCUCUUGAUCCUACUAAAGGAUUAAUGUUUUUUACUGAAUGGGGAUAUGCAGCUCCAGCUCUAGAGAAAUCUCGUUUGGAUGGCUCUGAAAGAAUAAAACUGGUUGUAGAAAAAAUAGUUUACCCAAAUGGAAUCACUGUUGAUAUUCCCACAGAAACUGUGUAUUGGGUUGAUAUGUACUUGGGCACAAUCGAGAAGAUUAAUUAUGAUGGAACUGGAAGGAAAACAGUCAUCAGAAAUGCACAGGUUAAAAAUUUGUAUGGAAUAUCUGUUUUUGAAGAUUAUAUUUACGUUACUAGUGUAGAUGGCAAUAAUAUUUUGGCCAUACAAAAGUUUAAUUUUAAUUCUAAACCCAUAAAAUCAAAUAUGACUCAUCCUUUCUCUAUCCAUGUGUAUCACCGACAAAGGCAACCAAAUGUUACCCAUCCAUGUUCAAUAGAAAAUGGCCAUUGUGAACAUAUAUGCAUACCACUUUACAAAUUUGGUGCUCCUGUAGCUAAAUGCAGAUGUAAAGCUGGGUUUAAACUCCUUGCUCGAGGUAAAAAAUGUGUAGCUGCUAAACAAGGCCAGAUUUUGCUGUAUUGUCGUGGCCAUCCUGGUGCUAUUAAAGGGAUUUCUUUGGAACCCAGUGGGAAACAAGAAGAUAUAAUGGUGCCUAUCCUUGGGCUAAAUAGGCCUAUUGCAAUAGACUAUGAUGCACGAACUCAGUUUAUAUACUAUUCGGAUGUUCAGCGAUAUGUCAUUGAACGGCAGAAAAUUGAUGGUACUCAAAGAGAAGUAUUUCUUGAAAAAGGUUUAAAUAAUUGUCAAGGAUUAGCUAUUGAUUGGAUGGGACGAAACUUAUAUUGGACAGAUGAAGGUUUAUUAGCAAUAUACGUGGCUAAAUUGGAUGAUUCCUCUGUUAAGAAACGACUAAUAUAUGAUAAUAUGGCUCAUCCUAAAGCUAUAGUUGUGGAUCCUAAAAGAGGUAUGAUGUAUUGGUCUGAUUGGUCUACAGAGUUUCAGUUGGCUCUUGGACAGUAUGGUGGGAAAAUUGAACGAGCGCAUAUGGAUGGAACUAAUCGGCAAGUCUUCUUAAGCAUUAAUUUGCAGUGGCCAAGUGGACUGAGCAUUGAUUAUUCUGGAAAAAAACUGUAUUGGUGCGAUGCUUACUUACACAGGCUGGAAAGAAUAUCUCUUGAUGGAACUAAUCGUGAAGCAAAGUAUGAAAUCUGGCAGUUUAGUAGAAUACCUAGGCAGUUUAGUAGAAUACCUAGGCAGUUUAUAGAAUGCCUGAAAACUGGCUGCCAAUGUGUGAAAAGAUUAAACAUUUCACACAUUGCCUAGACAUUUUAUAGAAUAUUAAGGGACAAACUGGCAAAGUAUGAAAUAUAUCUCCUAUUCAUUUUCAAUAACUGAAACUACUUACCGGAAGUCAAUAAAGAGGUAAAAAAGCCAAAAUUCUUACUAAGAAGGAACCAUGGGACUGUUGGUUGUUGAAUCACUAUGAUGUGGUGUUUGUGGAAAACAAAAGUAAACUCAUUAAUCCUGUUAAAGAAGUCACCAGUAUUACAUCACAAACACUGAGUUAUUUCACAUACUUCAUGAAACUCAUCUGACUAUUGGACGUAGAGAAUAUCCAAUAAAAUACAAAAUGUUGCAUGUAAUGAUAUUGAAUUGUGCGUCCACCUUUGUGAGCCCUGCAAGAAAAAAACCAAAAGGUACUAAAAAGGGCAUUGUUUUGAAACCUGUGGUUUUUUCUGAGUUUAAUUUAUGUUUUCAGGUAAAUCUUAUUCAUUUCCAGUCUCAGCCAGAUAGAUAAUACAAAUUUAUUAUGGUGUACCCAAACCGUAUCACUAAUUUUGUUUACAUGUAUUGAAUAGAAAUUUCUAAUGGCAGUCUAAUCAUAUUUUCUUUAGAUUAACAUUUGUACUUUUGAGGAAUGAACGUCUUUUAAAUUAGGUAGUUUUUCAUGUUGUAGUUUUUUAAUAAGGAUUAUUUUAUUUUUGAAAACACCACAAACUCUCAAAAAUUAUUUUCUUUUUUAACAUUAAAAAAAGGGUUACUUGUGGGAGCGAAAUCUGAUGAUAUUUUGCUCAACAUAAAACAAAUUACAAAUCCUGUUAUCUGAAAUUCACUUGGAGCUACAAGCAUUCAGAAAGUAGCUAUGCACACACAUAAAAUGGGAAUAUUAAAAUGUAAUAACUAAUUAACACAAAUGUGUAUAUAUUAAUACAAUUUUAUAGUCCUCUUUCUAUGUAUAUAAAUAGACAGAGAGGGCUGUAAAUUUGUAAUAUAUAUAUAUCUUGCUGUAUAUCUGCUCUCUCUAUAUAUGUUUGUAUGCUACUGAUGAAGUAGGCCGGCACUACAUGAAACGAUUAAAGAUUUCGCACAUUGCCUUAGGCAUUCUAUAAAAUGUUAAAUGACAAAACCUUAAAUGUAUGAAAUAUAUCUCUGAAUCAUUUCUAAUACCAUAACUACUUAUUAGAAGUUAAUUAAUGAUGUAAGAAAAGCCAAAAUUACUACUAAGAAAGAACCAUGGGAUUAUUGUUUGCUGAAUUGCUGUGAUGUGAUGUUAAUGCAAAAUAAAGUUAAACUCAUUAAUCCUGUUAAAGAGGUCAUUGGUAUUAUACAGUAUUAUGCCACGGACACUAAAAUAUUUCACAUACAGUGAGUGAUUGGUUAACAAACAGUUUGGACUGCAAACAAAUCGGACAACGAACACAUAUUCAGAUAACGAAAUAAAACGAAUUCUAACGAAUACUUCUCGGCUCUCGGAGCAUGUGCACGGUUGCCAAACACAACGGACCAAAAAUUGUUUUUCAUCUCUCUUGAAUUAUGUUGCUUGCCUAUUAAACUUCAAAGUUCUACAUUGGGAAUUUUUUUUUUUCCAAUAGAAUAUUUAUAACCAAAGUAGACCAUCAAUUUCAGUUUUGAUUUCAAUCAAAACCGAAACUGAUUUCAGUUUGAGCGCUGCCUCCCUCAUUUAUUCACUGUCCCAUACGUAGUCUUGAAUGACGAAUUCUAGAUUGCAGACCUGCUUUCCUCUCAUGGUGAAACAAUAUGCAUCUCGUUUCCUUCCCAGUUUAUGAAACUGGUUUUUUUUUGGAAGCGCACACCGAACCGUAUCUACAUCACAAAAGAUGAGAAAAAUGUUCCUGAGCAUAAACCCAUGAAAGAUCGAUUGAUGUUACUUUUGGAAGCUAGUGCUGGUGGUGAUAUGAAGCUUAAACCAUUUCUCGUUUACCACUCUGAGAAUCCUCUAGCAUUAAAAAAAAAUUCCUCGUUUACCACUCUGAGAAUCCUCUAGCAUUAAAAAAAAUUCCAUAAUCAAGAGAAGACUGCCAGUAAUGUAAAGAUCGAAUUAGAGAGCAUGGGUAACGCAGGCUCUUUUCAAAGAAUGGCUGUUUGAAGUUUGUGCCCCAGGCAUCAAGGACUACCUUGAUACAAAUGACUUGCCAUUGAAAGCACUGCUGCUAUUAGACAAUGCACCAGGACACCCAAAGGACCUUGAAGAUAAUUUGCUGACAGACAUUCCCUGGCUGACAGUUCAACUUCUACCUCCGAAUAUGACUUCGCUGAUUCAGUCGAUGGAUCAGGAGGUUAUUGCGAGUUUAAAAAAAUUGUACACUCGCGCGCUGUUUCAUCGGUGGUUUGAAGCAUACCAAUUCUUCUCAACAAUGACUUUUGUUUUGGAAAGAAAAAUUUGACAUUCUUGAACCUAUUCGUAUCAUUCAAAUGGCGUGGUCAGAAGUUACAAAGCAACAAUUCAUUUCUGCUUGGCAAAAGCUGUGUCCAUUCUUUGUUCCAGGAGACGGAAGUGACCAGGGAGACACUCCGGAAAUUAAUGCUGCUAGAGAUCUGGAAUUGGAGGUGAACGAGAAUGAUGUUGAAGAGCUGAUAACGGAACAUGAAGAUGAACUGACAACAGAAGAACUCCAAGAAAUCUUGAAUGAAGAACACCAAGAACACAGCGAAAUGUGUCUCCUUCUGAACAAGAGGAAGACGAAAGAGGACCAAUGGCGACAUCUGCCAUUAAAGAUCUUUUGAAGAAGUGGGAGGAUGUCAGUGCAAUGGUCUUAGAAUGGCACCCAAACCAAGCUGAUGUCAGUAGGGUUGGGGAUCUUUACAACGAUAAUGCUAUUAAUCACUUCUGGAAAAUCCUGAAAAAGAGAGAAAAGCAAUCAAUAUUGGACAUGUUCUUUAAUGUACCAUAAACAAUAAAUGAAAAGGACUGAUUAAUAUGCAAGAUUAUAUGUAUGUAUUAUUUUUUAAUAAACUUACUAAGAAAUUAUAUAUCCUUUUUUUUAAAAAAUUUAAUUUUUAGGGUCUCCAGAACAAUUUAAUCGAUUAAAAAAAAAAAAAAAAAAAAACUAAGGUAAAUCAAUGAUAGGUUAAUGAAGAAUUCGGAUAGUGAACAUAGUCUUGUAAGAGAUUUAUGUUUGUUAACCGAUCACCCACUGUACUUCAUGAAACUCAUUUGUGUGGAGUUUGUGAAACUGUUUUAUGGGGAGGACGUGACAGAAUAUUGAAAGAACUUUCAACCAAAUAAAAAUAUGCUACAUGUAAUGAUAUUGAACUGUACAUCCUCCUUUGUGAACUGUUCCAGAAAAGUGAUAAGGUGCUAAAAAGGGCAUUGUUGUGAAACCUGUGAUUUUUUUUCCUGAAUUUAAUUCCUGUUUUCAGGUAACCAGAUAAAGAAUAUAAAUUUAUUAUGGUGUACCAAAAUCAUAUCACUAAUUUUGUUUACAUAUUUUGAAUAAAAGUUUUUAAUGGCAGUGUAUUAUGUUUUUUUUCCCCCAAAAUAACAUUUCUAUUUUUGAGUAAUGAACUUUUUUUAAGUAAUAGCCUUAUUAUAACCUUUUUUUGUUACUUUCCCUGAAGAGCAUUUGUUAUUGUAUAGAUGCCCAGGUAUUGUAUAGAAUGCUUUAGAUAAAGUAUAUAAUAAUUUUCAUAUUUCAUACUUUGCCUAGAAACAGCAGGUAUGCUAUAAAAUGCUUAGAUAUUCUAUAAAAUUCAUUUCAUACAUUGCUGGUAACAUAUAUAAUUGAAUGUCAAUAAACUGUUGUUUAAUCCACAAAUGCUUGUAAUCCAUACUCAUUUUUAAGGAAGACAAAUAAAAUUUUAUUUUUUGAAAA